GUUUUGGUUUGUUUUGCUACAUUGACAAUGGCUGCAGAAGGCGAUUUCCUGGCGAGAUACCGUGCUGUGUCAAAUAAACUGAAAAAACGUUUUCUGCGGAAGCCCAAUGUUGCGGAGGCAAGUGAGCAGUUUGGUCAGUUAGCCAAGGAGCUAAAGCAGCAGGACUGUUUGCAGUAUGCUGCCUUCUGUAACCUGGCCAUGGCUCGGUGUGAGCAGACUCUCUUUAACGCUCCUGGUGAGGCCUUGGCAUUAACCGAUGCUGCCCGCCUCUUUCUCUCAUCUGAGAAGGAGAACAGAGCCCUGCAGGCCCCUGGCUUCGAUGAGCACCUACAGGCUGCACUCAACUGCUACAGCUUUGCAAUCAAGGUGUACAUUGAGAUGAACCAGCCUGUGAUGGCAGCCAGCCUGUGUCUAGAACUUGGCAACGCACUCAAGGAGAUGAACAGACCAGGAGAGGCUAUUGUUCAUUAUCAGAGGGCUGUAGAGUUGCAGACGCAGACACCAAUUGAAGCGCUGCUGUCAAUGGGAGAAAUAGCCACGUGUAAAAUUCUCACCCGUGACUAUGACGGUGCUUUGUCAGUGUUCACAGAGAUGCAGCUGAUGUGUCAGGAGAGAGGACUGCAGCUACCAGGCACUAGCACCCCUGUUGGUGCGUUUCUGGACAUUGUGGCAACAUGUGAGAUCUCCCGAGUACUGCUGCUGAUGCUGCUUGAGCCUCCACCUCAGAAGUUGUUACCAGAACAUGCACAGACCCUGGAGAGAUAUGCAUGGGAGUCCUUUGACCCUCACAGCCAAGUGACUUUCCUGCCUGAGAAUGUUUUCCUCCUCCUGCAGUCUGUAGUGAUGGCGUGUCAGGAGAAAGACACAGAGUCCCUCAAGUCUCUUCAGACUGAGCUGUGGCCGCUUCUGACGGCUGAGCAGAAUCACCUUCUCCACCUGGUGGUUCAGGAGCGCAUCACGCCGUCUGGCCAAGGCAUUUAGUACAGUCCAGUUUUUACUCACUUCCUCUGGGAACGAUACUUUAUAUAAUGGAACAUUCCUGUUUCUGACUGGGUCUGUUGUAAGGCCUGAAGAAGUGUUUUCAAAACUCUGGUGUUGAAACUUGCACUCAGACAAAUGCACGCAACACAUACAAAACUUUGCCCUUAUUAAGCAAAGCCAUGCAGAUUUAGAAAUCAGUCAAUCUAUUAGCAUUGUCUAGUUUUGUGGGUUGUCCUUCAUCACCCUGAUGUGAAGAUUUCUAUCAGGAUGCUAACUUAAGACUAAAUUUAAAUUAUUUUCAACAAUGUUUCCUCUUACUCAAGUGAAGGCUACAAAACUGGAACGAUUCAUACAUAUUUACUAUGUAAUAGUGACUGUUUUGGGUCUUGUUGUAUUCACAGCAGUUUAACAGAUGAAACAUGAAUGCCUUGUGUUAUAAUUUGAUUUAUUAAUAAAUGAUAUGGCUUUUAUUCCAAUGUAAUUACAAACAAAACUUUCUAUUGUAUAGCUCUGUGAUAUGGUGAAAUGAAACACCAUUGUCCUCCAUCCCUGGUUAACUUUAUGUUCACUUGUACAAAUUGCAUGUACUUUUCUUAGGAUAGCAGCCAACUACAGACUUAAAUUCAAACAUGAUUAAAAAAAAAAACACUCCAUACAAAAUGUUACAAAAAUAUAAUGGUUACAAUGUACAUAGAAUAAAAAAGGAUACACUAUACUUCAGUUGUAAAAUAAUGAUACAUGAUUAAAACUACUUGUACUGUAAA